AUGAAGACCCCUGGGCUCCCCCCACUCCUCAUCAUGCGGACUUCUCGGAUGACGCCGCCUUCCUCGAGGCGCCCAACCAGUCUGACAAACAAGAGUCCAGACCGCGACCACCCCUUUCCCGACCCACUCAUGAGAAAAAAAACCAUUCCCCACCGUCAAAUUCAGACCUUCCAACUUGGCCAUCGACGAAUAGACGCCCAACACUUGCAACGCCUGCCAGCCCAACGUUCCCAACCCACCCUCCGCAGCGUUAACGCUAAUCACAUCCAGUCCAACCAUGCACCUUCCCACUCUUCCCCCCUCAUUCAAGGCCUCCAAACCCAACUCUCCUGUGCCCUCUCCCAACUUUCCGACACCAAGGAAACCAUCCAGCGCCUUCGCCGCCAAUCUGACGCACACGCCGAACACACUUCAAACCUCGUCGCCUCGCUCAAGGGAUGCAACGAGGAGAUAUCCACGCUGACCACCCAGAACCGUGUCCAGGCACAGAAAAUAGUAGGCCUUGAGAGGGAGGUCAGGGAGGUCAGGGAGGGGAACCGGCAAUUGGUGGAUGAGAAGCAGCGGUUGAUGCAAGAGUUGAAGGAUGUGACUCAGGCGAAGAGGUCCACGUUGGAGGGACUAGAGGCGGAGAGAGACAACUGGAAGGAGCAGCUCGAGUGUAUGCACCUUAGGAUGAUACGCGCUGAGCACCGCAUGCGUUCACUCAACCUCGAUCCUUUACUCCAGGACAAAUUCGCAGCUCGCCGUGAGUCGUGGAUCCCUGCGCGGUGCAAGGCCGCUAUUUCGUGGUUAACCUCUGGGACCGCAGACGAGGUCGUGCAGACACGAGUGCAGGGCAUCGUUGAGGAGAUGAAGAAGCUGAAUGACGAUAUGGCGGAGGCCGCAGGCGCGUUGGUCCCAAAGCUCGAGUGGACUCGGAGUUCGGGCUCGCGGACGUGGUUCUCCCCUUUAUCUGCGGAGCCGACAGCAGCUGAUCGCGAGCGCGCGGUGAAGACGGUAGGGCAGGGCGUUGUGACCUUGAUGGAAGCGUACGCCCAGUUGAAGAUAGAGGCAAAGACACAGACACAGAUGCAGACAAGAGCUCGGGCACAGACGGGAAAGGUCCCCUCGAUGCUGAUGCAGACCGUACUGGAGACUGUCGUAAUCCACUGGUGUGCUCAGAUUAUUGAGGGUACAUAUCCGAGGCAAAGGUCGUUCAUGGACGUCUUGGUUGAGUUGGCUGGGGAGCAGAGGGAAGAUAAAACGGCAGGUACUGGCAAACCCGUAAAGCGCGUGCACGUCGUUCCAACCGCACAUUCGCCCUCGCCCUCGCUGCCGCUACGGCACCACCACGUCAACGUCCCGUUCGACAUAAACACCUGCAUCUCUGACGUUCUCCGCGACCUCGCGCGUGUCUUGUCCGUCGCGGGCGUCUGCAUACCCCCUGCUCCUCCCUCCUCCCGCUCCGGCCAUCCCUCGAAUCGUUACUCCACUACCAAUCACCACCACAGCGCCUCCUCUUCCGACCCUCUCUUUUUUAGCACCCUUCGUCCCCUUCUUGAGCGCGCAUACGACCUCAGACGUGCGACGGCCGAGGACAACCUGCACGGACUCAUCUUGGCUGUGUGUGCGCCAGGCGCUGCAUUCGUGGGGCGGUAUAUGCUGGAUGUGUGGGUCCAGCCACAAUGUUCGUACUCACUAAGGGGCGAGAAGGACAAGGGCAUGGGAGAAUGUAGAGCAGAAAGGAGAGGUGUUGUGAGGGAAAUGAGCACGAGGAAGGUUAGUGGAGGCAUAAAGGUGAAGAGGAGCGAUAGGCCAGAAGGAGGCUCGCAGAUAAACCAACUGAAGGCAGAGUACAUCGCAGGCACGAGCGGGCUGGGGCUCUACCGUUUUGGAGCCCUAGGAGAAGGAGAGAACGGCGUUGGGGUAGGGGGUGAAGACGAGGGGGUUGAGAUAGUGUUCCUGCCCAGAGUAAGGCUUGUGAGCGCGUUGGUCAAGGAGAAGGAGGUGUACGUGACGGGAUGA